ACAGGUUUUACAUGGGAAACCGGAUCGCACGGCGCAUGUGUCAUAAUCGGAAUCAGAACAAAAUCGAUUAGAGAAAUUCGUUUGCUUGUUUUGUGAGAGUAUUUACAGGAUAUUUUUGGAUAUAAAAAGAAAAAUGAACAUAGACGCUCCGAGAAUAGGUGUGAUCGGCGCAGGAGUGGUAGGCCUGACUGUAGCCGAUAUUCUCCAGAAGACUUCCAAGGCCAAUGUCACUGUCAUGGCCGACGGCUUCGGGGAGGACACUGUCAGCGCCGUCGCAGCCGGCAUCUUCCGACCAGGCACCACUUUCAGAGGUCCCACGAAAGAAAUCACCAAGAAAUGGAUCAACGACUCGUGGCACUACUGGCAAGACAUUUUAAAGUCAUCAGAAGCCAAUCACGCCGGCAUUUUCUCCUUUAAUUGCUACGUGUACUCCACGCAGAGUUACCAAGCAACUAGGAACCGUUUGAUAGAAGACUUGGUUCCUUAUUACAAAGAGAUGACUGAAGACGAACUGAGGAUCGCUGGUGGUGAACAAAAAUAUGGUUCUUGCUUCUCAACCGUGAAGAUUGGGUGCGAUAAUUAUUUGCCUUGGACCGAGAAGAGAUUGAAAAGGAACGGUGUUCGGAUAGUUCGAGAAAAAGUCGAGAGUUUUGAGUCGGUGAAGAAGAAAUACGAUUUGGUUUUUAAUUGCACUGGAUUAGGCGCUAGAUAUUUGUGUGAUGACGAAAAUGUGGUCCCUAUUCGGGGACAAAUCGCGAAGGUUAAGGCUCCUUGGUUGAAGGCAUCGUUUUACAGUGACUAUGCUGAUACUUAUAUAAUUCCUGGUAUCGACGGUGUGGCCACGCUGGGGGGUGUACGAAAUUAUGACAGCUAUAAUAAAAAGUUUAAUAAACAUGACGCAGCGGCGAUUUUGGAAAGGUGUUACACAUUACUGCCUCCUUUGAGAAAAGCGUUAGUAGUAGGUCAUAGAGUGGGUCUGAGGCCUCAUAGAGACAUUGUUCGAGUGGAACCAGAAAUUUUGGGGGAUCUCAAGGUGGUGCACUGCUACGGCCACGGGGGGUACGGGGUGACCACUGCCCCGGGCACGGCACUCCAUGCGGUGAGCAUUGGUAUGGAUUUGUUGAGAACGAAGCACAAGUUAUAAAUUAACGUUUUCCCGCCAUAAAAUUAAGAUCAAAUUAAGGAAAAAUCAAAUGUCUUCCAUAUCUAUACAUCUACGUUUAGAUAAGCGUUUUUAUGCAUUAGGCAAAGUGCCUAUAGCUACAUGUUCUAAGUUCUUGUAAAUUGAUAUAAUCUGUUGAAAAUAUACAUGUUUUGUAAUAAAAUACAUAUUGUUU